AUGGCCGAGACAACACCAACAUCAGUAUCGUUUAUGAAACGAUGUUUUCCACUUGGAUUUCGUAAUGAAGCAUUAACAUUAGUGAAAAUUACGUUUCCAUUUGCAAUGGGAAAUGUUCUUGCUUCAUGGUUGAUAGCAUUUGUUUCACUUGCAUUUAUAGGACAUGCACAUGGUCAAUUAGAAUUAAAUGCAUGCGCUCUAGGCUUAUCUACUUAUGUUUUAAUCGCCAAUUCAAUAAUGCUUGGACUUAAUUUUGGUUGUGAUACAUUAUUACCACAAUGCUUUGGAGGAAAUAAACGUAAGAUGGGUUUAACCGUACAACGAGCGGUAAUAAUAACAGGAUAUUCAUGUUUUAUCUCAUGGUCAUUGAUGCUUAAUGCGAAAUUUGCAUUAAAAUUAGUUGAACAUGAUCAUGAAGUUGUUCGGCUAGCUGAUAUUUUUUUACGUUCAUUUCUUCUUGCUGUACCAUUCGAUGGUCUUUCAAUGUUACUUCAAAAAUAUAUAGCAUCAAAUGAAAAAACAUGGCCAUUAUUAAUAAUCAAUUUAAUUGGAAAUGGUAUUAAUGCUCUUUUAAAUUAUCUUUUUCUAUAUAAAUUUCAUCUGGGUAUACGUUCCGUACCUUUAUCAAUUACUAUUUCUUAUGGAGUAAUUGCAUUAUGUGCUCUGAUAUAUAUUCGUGUUUCAUCAAUUUAUAAGGAAACAUGGCAUCCAAUAACUCGAGCAUGUUUCGAUGAAUGGAAUGUUUAUUUAAAAUUAUCAAUACCAGGGGUAUUGAUGGUCAUGACAGAAUUUUGGUCCAUUGAAUUAAGUAUAUUCUUUGCUGCACAUCUUGGUGCUCGCUCAUUAUCGGCUCAAGUAUGUGCUUAUCAAACAGCAUGGUUAUUUUAUUUAAUAACAUCAUCAU